AUGCUGCUCGCGUCAGAUGUGAUGCCCGAAAGGCUCACUUACCCAUCGGUUUUCACGGGAGAAUCAUAUCAAGCUGGGACUCGAAUCGGACCCGUUUAUCCAGAAUACGAUACUUCACAUUCAGACAGGCAGCAGAGGAUUCACAACUUGGCCAACAAAGAGCACAACACCACUGGUCUCCUCCCUUAUUACAAAGAGGAAAGGAUGGUCAGCUACAAAGUCAAACACGUCCACGGGCUUGCUGUACAUCGAACAUCCAACCACGUUGACACAAGCCGAAGCUGCUGCAGCCUCCGUGCCCUGUUCGUCCACCUCUACGUAUGCCUUAUGAAAAAAGAGCGAGAUUUCGAGUGA